UUUCCGCUGCAGCAGCUACAACGGUCAAGUGAAAAAUAAAAGUAAAAUGCGGUCGGAGAGGACGAACUGAGGCCCGGACAGCGAACAUCUUCACCGAUUCUAACGAUUCUGGGUUUGUUUUUAAUAGACCUCCGUUACUAAGUGAGCUUUUUAUCGAGGAGGCAGAUUGAACCGAUUAAGGGUCGUUUUGAGGUGAACGCGUCCGUUCCCCUUUGCGCUGAAUCCGCCUGCGUUUAGCCAGCCUGCUGCUACCAGACAUGGGAACCAGACCGAGUCGCCUCCAGGAGGACCCGGUUACCUCUCCCUUCGGGAAAGACUCCACAAAGCGGGAUUCCUAUCGCAGAGCCCGGUGUGCCAGGCCCACUAGCCUCGUCGUGGAUUUCUCGGUUAGCUUCGAGGAAACGGAGCCCAACCGGAGCCGAUCGGAGGAAGGCAGCGACUCGGACCUCGGGCAGCAUGGAGGGGCGAGCGCCGACGGCAGCCCCGCCGAUCACCGCGGGUUACCCUCCGGGAUCAGCCCAGCGUCGCCGGUGGACGACAACAGCAGCAGCGAGGGGAAACCCGAGGAGGACGGCGGCCUGAGCCCGGAGGCCCCCGCGGAAGCAGAGCGCCAAGCCGGGGAGGAAACAGGCCGCGCGCCCCACCGCACGUUCUCCGAGCGGCUCCCCGGGAAUCGGCACUCCUCAUCCCGCAGCGUCGGUAAUAGAUCAGCCCGGGUCCGAGGCUCUCACCAGCGGCCGGUGUCUGAGGCUUGGAUCGGCCUCUACCGCGUUAACAACCGACAUGGCAAUAUCCGCUGUCCUUUCUGCUCCAAGCCUUUCCCAGGCGGUCGGAUCGAGGAUCACCUGAUGAGCUGCCUCACCUCUCCUCCACUACCUUACAACACGGACGUGCUCAGUAAGGACAGCGGAGAGUGCUCUAUCUGUUUGGAGGAUCUGGUGCAGGGGGAGACCAUCGCUAGGCUGGCUUGCCUCUGCGUCUACCACAAAAGCUGCAUCGAUUCCUGGUCCAAGGUGAAGCCCUGCUGCCCUGAACAUCCCUUCAAUUGACUCGCAGGCCAGGUGUUUGAAGCCCAGCGACCAGCUUGACUCAGGAGAUUACACCGCAUCGCAACAAAACCCCAAUUAAAAAUCAAGAAUCAAACAAGCAAAAUUCCUAUUUCCUGUUUUUUAGAUGUGAAAGUUGACCUUGGAGCCGGUUUGACUCUGGAUCGACCCGUUUAGACUAUACCUGCCAAAUACAGAUGUUAAAAACAUCUGCUCUAACCCGUUUAUGGUCUAGAUGUCCGUGUCGGUUCUUUGGACCGACGUCCUUCGUCUCUUCUGUGGACGCGCAUCACCACAGUGAUUUUAAUGAUCAUCUAAGGAACCUGUGGAGCGAUGGAGUUUCAGUGACCGGCGCCUCUCCUGUGUGUUUCUGUCUCUUCGAAUCGGGACGACUCGUUUAUCAAGUAUUUUUAUUAUUUUUUGUUUUGCAAACAGACAAAAAGUAUUGGCCCAGGCUGUGUGUGGGAUGAAUGUUUCUCUUCCUCAGCUUUUACCCGACGUUAACCAAAUCUUCAGCUGUUACAGGAUUACCGCUCUGCCAUCAGAUCGGUUAAGAGCUUAUUUUUGGUGAAAAGGGGGGGCUGCUGCUACUCUUUCCUUUUCUUCUUUAGUUCUUCUCUUCCUUUAAACAUUUCAGGGGAAUUUUUUUGGGCCUUUUAUUGUUUAUUCUUAAAGUUAGGCCAGUUUUUGUUUUCCUAUCGACGGCUAUUUUGAUUUUAUUUUUGUUACCGUGCUACUCGGUGGUUGUUUAGGAAGAUCGGGGGCGUUUCACAAGGUGACAGUAGCACAAACUUUGGCACCAACUGGAGCACUUUUUUUAUUUUCCUCAUACGGUCUGGGAUAACGUUGAGUGUGCGUGCCUGGAUGAUAACCAGGGCCUGAAUAUGUCUGUAUAUACAAUAAAGUGUGUGUCUGUUGUACAGAUGGGUUGGUGAGCCCCCCCCCCCCUUCUGUUUGGUACUUAUUACGAAUGCGGUUUGGAUUUCUGUCCCCUUCUUUUAAAAAGUGGUCACCGGGGGGCGCUGUUUGGGUUUGUUUUUUUGCGGCGGGGAGUCGAUUAUUAGCCGAUGCCAGAUAGCGUGGGGAUAAAUGGACUGAGGGAUGUAUCUUUGGGGGCAUGUUUACGCCGUGUGGCAUCUGCCUCUUUUCACAACACUGGAGGCUAUGGACAGCUGAUGAUUAAUAAUUACAUACUCCUCCUUUUUCCACCCGGCUUUUUUUUUUAUUUUAAGGAUAUUUACACACCUUUCAUGAUUACUGCUAAAUGUUUCAGGUUGCUUUUCUUUGCCUUUUUCUCUGUUAUCUGAUUUGCCUUUUUUCUGGUGAAGGGACUCUAAAAAAGCGAGCCCAACAGCGAGGCUGUGCACAGGCCAGUUCAACGAACAAAUUGCAUUUAGCUUUUUCCGUCUCAUGAGUUUUUAACUCGAGACAGAUCUGUUCAGAGGACCAGAAAAGCUUUCUGAGGUCUUUUUUUUUUUUUACUUCUGGUCCACCUUUCUCUGCAUUUGGAGGUGCUAUGACUCGCCCAACCACUAGUGGGCAGCUCUGUGCAUGUUUCUCUUUAUAUUACAUCGCAGACAUAUAUAUAUAUAUAUAUAUAUAAAUAUAUAUAUAAAAAGAUGCCAAAAGUUUGUGUGUACAUUGGGAGUGUUGUGUGAGCGUGUGACGGGAUGCAUUGGACAUUAGGUGUUUCAUUCGUUUUAGAGUUAUGAUGUUGUAUUCUCUGGCUGGGAGGGGAGGGGCGGGAUGUUUGUUUAUGCUUAUGGAGGUUGGAUUGUCAGCAAUCCUAACCUCCCUAAAUUACUCUCAUUUACUUUGUUACCCUCUGUGUGGUGCAAUACCUCAUUUUUUUUCUAUUGUAUUUCUUUGCCAAUGCUAGCCAAAUGCUAUGUGUGUAAAACCAGCUGUUUUCCAACCAAGGAAGGUGUUUUUUUGUUUUGUUUUAAUGCAUCCCUCAAAGAUUUGGUUUUGAAACCCGGGGCUCCACGUCCGCCUCGCGCUUUUUCAAACAGACGUAUUUGGUGAGAAACUUUAAAAAGGGGUCGGUUGGCUGGAUCUGCAUCCUCGGGAUAUGGACAAUCCGCCUCCACUCUGGUAUUGAAAGCAAAUUGAACUUUAUUUAUUAUUAAAUUGUAAAUAUGUAAUACAGUUCAAGAAAAUGGCUUGGUCCUUGUCUGUUCAAUUAUACUGUUUCUAAGCUCUGAUCUUUUGUAUGUCUCAGAAAUUGUUUUUAUAUGUAUUUUUUACAAUAAAUAUGUG